UGCCAGGAUGGCGCCUCUGCUGCCCCCUCUUGGUACGGAGAUCUUCAGACGCUUCACGCCAGCUUCACUGGAAGAGAUCCAAAGACGAUAUGAAGCCGAGGAGGAGGAGCAACAGAGGAAGAAGGAGAAGAACAUAGAGGAUGACCUGCCUAAACCAGCCAGUGACCUGGAGGCUGGUAAGCCCAUCCCAUUCAUCUACGGGGACCCGCCUCCUGACCUACUCAACACCCCAUUGGAGGAGCUGGAUCCCUUCUACCAAUCACAGAAGACCUUCAUCGUGCUCAGUAAGGGAAACACCAUCUUCAGGUUUAACGCCGACCCCGCCUGUUACCUGCUGAGUCCGUUUAGCCGUCUGAGGAUCUUCUCCAUCAGGAUCCUCAUCCACUCUUUAUUCAGUUAUUUCAUCAUGUUGACGAUUCUGACCAACUGUGUGUUCAUGACGAUGAGCGACCCUCCAGCAUGGAGCAAGACUGUGGAAUACGUGUUUACAGGAAUUUACACGUUGGAAGCUUCAGUGAAAGUCAUGUCGAGAGGAUUCUGUGUGGGAGACUUCACCUUCCUCAGAGACCCCUGGAACUGGCUUGACUUCAUGGUCAUCAGCAUGGCAUAUCUGACAGAGUUCGUAGAUUUGGGAAAUGUUUCUGCUUUGAGGACGUUCAGAGUUCUUCGUGCACUAAAAACCAUCACAGUCAUCCCAGGUUUGAAGACGAUUGUCGGAGCUCUUAUCCAAUCAGUGAAGAAGAUGGCUGAUGUCAUGAUCCUGACCGUCUUCUGCCUCAGCGUCUUCGCUCUGAUUGGUCUGCAGCUCUUCAUGGGAAACUUGAGGCAAAAAUGUGUCCUGAUGUCGCCACUGUUGCUCGGCAACCACACAUAUCCCGGCAACCUCACUACUGGUUACCUCGGCAACCACACGACUCCCAGCAACUUCACCACUAGUUACCUUGGCAACUACACCUACGGCAACGACACAGGAAGCAAUUUUGAUUUCCAAGAGUACAUCAAAAAUCCCGAAAACCAUUAUUAUCUCCCCGGAGCGAAUGAUGCUCUGCUAUGUGGAAACAGCUCCGACGCAGGGGUCUGUCCGGAGGGUUACAUCUGUAUGAAAGUUGGCAGGAAUCCAAACUACGGCUACACGAGCUACGAUACGUUCGGCUGGGCGUUUCUGGCUCUGUUCAGACUGAUGACCCAGGACUACUGGGAGAACCUGUUCCAGCUGACUCUGCGUGCGGCAGGUAAAACCUACAUGAUCUUCUUCGUGGUGGUGAUCUUCCUCGGCUCGUUCUACCUCAUUAACCUGAUCCUGGCGGUGGUUGCCAUGGCGUACGCCGAUCAGAACGAGGCAAGCAUCGCCGAUGCCAAACGGAAGGAGGAAGAGUACGCCCAAAUCCUGGAGGCCCUGAAGAAGAGGGAGGAGGUCAGCUGACUGUCCAAACCACAUCACUGUGUUUCAGGGUUUGAUGACGACCAGAGACCGUGUCCUCCAUGUUGGUACGCCUUCUCUGACGUCUUCCUGAAGUGGAACUGCUGUGGCUGUUGGCGGUGGCUCAAGCCGUGGCUCUACACCAUCGUCAUGGACCCGUUCAUCGACCUCAGCAUCACCAUCUGUAUCGUGCUGAACACCGUGUUCAUGGCCAUGGAGCAUUACCCCAUGACGCCGCAGUUUGAGGAGCUGCUGAGUGUCGGGAACCUGGUGUUCACAGGGAUCUUCACGGCUGAGAUGGUUCUCAAACUUCUGGCCAUGGACCCGUACUACUAUUUCCAGGUGGGCUGGAACAUCUUUGACAGCAUCAUCGUCACCAUGAGUCUGGUGGAGCUGGGAUUGGCUAACGUCCAGGGCCUGUCGGUGCUGCGCUCCUUCCGAUUGAUGCGAGUGUUUAAGCUGGCUAAGUCGUGGCCGACUCUAAACAUGCUGAUAAAGAUCAUUGGUAACUCGGUGGGGGCUCUGGGGAACCUGACGCUGGUCCUGGCCAUCAUCGUCUUCAUCUUCGCCGUGGUCGGCAUGCAGCUGUUUGGGAAGAACUACAAAGACUGCGUGUGCCGCAUCGCUGAGGACUGCGAGCUGCCCCGCUGGCACAUGCACGACUUCUUCCACGCCUUCCUCAUCAUCUUCAGGGUCCUCUGCGGCGAGUGGAUCGAGACCAUGUGGGACUGCAUGGAAGUGGCGGGUCAGACCAUGUGCCUGAUGGUCUUCAUGUUGGUCAUGGUCAUCGGGAACCUGGUGGUCCUGAACCUGUUCCUGGCUCUGCUGCUCAGCUCCUUCAGCGGUGAGAAUCUGUCGGCUCCAGACGAAGACGGAGAGAACAACCUGCAGAUCGCCAUAAACCGGAUCAACAGGGCCGUUGCCUGGGUGACGACCUGGGUCCUGGAACAGGUCUGGACUCUGCUGGGGAAGAAGGACCUGGACCAGAGCGCGGCCGGCGGCGACGAGGACGACAGAAAGGAGUUCUUGGCUUUGUCCUUUGUGACCUCGGACCAGCCGGGGUCAGAGGUCAACUUUCUCAACUGUAACCAUGACGAGCAGCCUAGCAACUACAACAACAUCGCCACCCUGAAGGUUCCGAUCGCCGAGGCCGAGUCAGACUUUGAGGAUGAUGAUGAUAAUGAUGAAGAUGAAGAACAUCACUCCCAAUGUGACGAGUCGUCGCUCUGCAGCACGGUCCAGAGGAUCCCUGAAGUCCAGGAGGAAGACCACGAUGAAGAUCAGGAUAACAACAUACCUGUGGACUGCUACACUGAAGAGUGUUACCGUUGCUGUCCUCGCCUGGACAUAGACACGUCCCAGGGCCGAGGGAAGGUCUGGUCUAACUUCAGGAGAACGUGUUACUCCAUCGUUGAACACAACUACUUUGAGUCUUUCAUCAUCUUCAUGAUCCUGCUGAGCAGCGGCGCUCUGGCGUUUGAAGACGUCUACCUGGAGCAGCGUCGGGUCAUAAAGACGCUGCUGGAGUUUGCAGACCAGGUGUUCACCUACGUGUUCGUAAUCGAGAUGAUUCUCAAGUGGGUCGCCUACGGAUUCAAGACCUACUUCACCAACGCCUGGUGCUGGCUUGACUUCCUCAUCGUAGACGUGUCUCUGGUGUCUCUGACCGCCAACCUGCUGGGAUUCUCUGAGCUGGGAGCCAUCAAGUCUCUGAGGACACUGAGAGCUCUGAGGCCCCUGAGGGCCCUGUCUCGCUUUGAGGGCAUGAGGGUGGUGGUGAACGCGCUGGUCGGAGCGAUCCCGUCCAUCUUUAACGUGCUGCUGGUGUGUUUGAUCUUCUGGCUGAUCUUCAGCAUCAUGGGCGUCAACCUGUUUGCAGGAAAGUUUUAUUACUGCUUUAACGAGACGGCCGGCGAGUCUUUUCACCACGAAGACGUCGACAACAAGACCGAAUGUUUGGCUCUGAUUCAGAUGAACUUCACUGAAGUCCGCUGGAAGAACACGAAGGUUAACUACGACAACGUGGGGAUGGGCUACCUGUCGCUGCUGCAGGUGGCGACAUUUAAAGGUUGGAUGGACAUCAUGUACGCGGCCGUCGACUCCAGAGAGGUGGAGUCCCAGCCUAUCUACGAAGACAACCUGUACAUGUAUCUGUACUUCGUCUGUUUCAUCAUCUUCGGCUCUUUCUUCACCCUCAACCUCUUCAUCGGAGUCAUCAUCGACAACUUCAACCAGCAGAAAGCAAAGUUGGGGGGAACAGAUAUCUUCAUGACGGAGGAGCAGAAGAAAUAUUACAACGCUAUGAAGAAACUCGGCUCCAAGAAACCUCAGAAACCGGUUCCACGCCCCGAGAACAAGUUCCAGGCGUUGGUGUUUGACCUGGUGACCCAGCAGCCGUUUGACAUCUUCAUCAUGGUGCUGAUCUGUCUCAACAUGGUGACGAUGAUGGUGGAGACGGACGAGCAAAGUCCAGAGAAAGACCAGAUCCUGUACUGGGUCAACCUGGUCUUCAUCAUCUUCUUCACCACCGAGUGCACGCUCAAGAUCACCGCGCUAAGACAUUACUACUUCGCCGUCGGCUGGAACAUCUUCGACUUCGUGGUGGUUAUUUUGUCCGUCGUAGGUCUCCUCCUCGCUGACAUCAUAGAGAAGUAUUUUGUCUCGCCCACGCUCUUCCGUGUGAUCCGAUUGGCUCGCAUCGGUCGGGUCCUUCGUCUCAUUCGUGGGGCAAAGGGAAUCCGGACGCUGCUCUUCGCCCUGAUGAUGUCACUUCCUGCCCUCUUCAACAUCGGCCUCCUCCUCUUCCUCAUCAUGUUCAUCUUCUCCAUCUUCGGCAUGUCGAACUUCGCCUACGUGAGGAAGGGCGCCAUGAUAGACGACAUGUUUAACUUCGAGACGUUUGGGAACAGCAUGAUCUGCAUGUUCAUGAUCACGACGUCGGCGGGUUGGGACGGCCUGCUGGUUCCCAUCAUGAACACGCCUCCGGACUGCGACCCCAACGCGGAGCAUCCGGGUACGCUGGUCAGAGGAGACUGCGGCAGCCCGGGGCUCGGCAUCGUCUUCUUCACCACCUACAUCAUCAUGUCCUUCCUGGUGGUGGUAAACAUGUACAUCGCCAUCAUCCUGGAGAACUUCAACGUGGCCACAGAGGAGAGCAGCGACCCGCUGUGCGAGGAUGACUUCGAGAUGUUUUAUGAGAUCUGGGAGAAGUUCGACCCCGACGCGUCGCAGUUCAUCCAGUACAAUAAACUUUCAGAUUUCUGCGACACACUGCAGGAUCCUCUGAGGAUCCCCAAACCCAACACCAUCAAACUGAUCCACAUGGAUCUGCCUCUGGUUCCUGGAGACAAGAUCCACUGUCUGGACAUCCUGCUGGCGCUCACUGCACAGGUGCUGGGUGAUUCAGGAGGGAUGGACGCUCUCAAAGCCAGCAUGGAGGAGAAGUUCAUGGCCAACAAUCCCUCAAAGGUGUCGUAUCAACCAAUCAGCAGCACCCUGCGGAGGAAACAGGAAGAGGUGGCAGCGAGGGUGAUCCAGAGAGCGUACAGGAAGCACCUGCUGCAGCGGACGCUCAAACUGGCGUCCUACAAAUACCGCGAGAAGACGCAGGGACGGCGAGGCGAUGAACCGCCUCCAGAGACAGAAGGUCUCCUCUGUCAACGAAUCCAUCAGCUGUACGGAGACGGAGACGAGUUGAGGACACCUGUCUCAUCUGGUCCAGCUCCUGCUGCACGGGUGGAGCUUCAGAGUGAGUUUCUCCUCCACGCUGCGCCGCCACUCAACAUGCGUGACUUCCUUCGAGAUGAGAACCUGAGGGAGUCUAUCGUCUGAUCGUGGCUUCCUGAGGACUCACCUUAGGACUCACCUGAGGACUCAC